GGCGAGGAUAGAGAGCAGGUGGAGUAGGAGGAGGAGGAGGAGGGGAAACUCGCGGCCGUUUUCUACUCGGAGGAGCGCUGGAUGGGAAGAGGAUGCACUGCGGGCUACUGGAGGAGCCUGACAUGGAUUCCACAGAGAGCUGGAUCGAGCGAUGCCUCAACGAGAGCGAGACCAAACGUUACUCCAGCCACUUGUCCCUGGGCAACAUGUCCACCGACGAGCAUGAAGAAAAGGAAAAUAACAGGGCCUCCAAACCGCAUUCGACACCUGCCACUCUGGAAUGGCUGGAGGAGAACUAUGAGAUCGCAGAAGGUGUGUGCAUCCCGAGAAGCGCCCUCUACAUGCACUAUCUCGACUUCAGCGAGAAGCACGAUACGCAGCCGGUCAACGCGGCCAGCUUCGGGAAGAUUAUCCGACAGCAGUUUCCAGCACUCACCACCAGGCGACUAGGAACCAGAGGGCAGUCCAAGUACCACUACUACGGUAUCGCAGUGAAGGAGACGUCGCAGUACUACGAUGUGAUGUACUCCAAGAAGGGCGCGGCGUGGGUAAAUGAGGCGGGCAAGAAGGAGGUGACCAAGCAGACAGUGGCAUAUUCACCGCGCUCCAAGCUGGGAACGCUGCUGCCAGAGUUCCCAAAUGUCAAAGACCUCAAUUUGCCUGCCAGCUUGCCAGAAGAGAGGGUGUCAACCUUCAUCAUGAUGUACAGAACGCACUGCCAGAGGAUACUGGACACAGUUAUCCGGGCCAACUUUGACGAGGUCCAAAGCUUCCUGUUGCACUUCUGGCAAGGCAUGCCACCCCACAUGCUGCCUGUACUCAGCUCGCCCACAGUGGUCAACAUCGUCGGCGUGUGCGACUCCAUCCUCUACAAGGCCAUCUCCGGGGUACUCAUGCCCACCGUCCUCCAAGCCCUGCCUGACAGUUUGACGCAGGUGAUCCGGAAAUUUGCCAAACAAUUAGAAGAGUGGCUCAAAAUUGCCCUUCACGACCUCCCAGAGAACCUGAGGAACAUCAAAUUCGAGUUGUCCAGGAGAUUCUCUCAAAUCCUAAAGCGGCAAACGUCCCUAAACCAUCUCUGUCAGGCAUCUCGCACCGUGAUAAAUAGCGCCGACAUCACUUUCCAAAUGCUGGAGGACUGGAGGAACGUGGACCUGAACAGCAUCACCAAGCAGACGCUGUACACUAUGGAAGACUCGCAGGAGGAGCACCGGCAGCUCAUUAUACACUUGUACCAGGAGUUUGAUCGCCUCCUGGAGGAACAGUCGCCCAUCGAGGCCUACAUCGAGUGGCUCGACUCCAUGGUGGACCGCUGCGUGGUCAAGGUCUCGGGGAAGAGGCCUGGUUGCCUGAAGAAGGUGGCCCAGCAGUUCUUGUUGAUGUGGUCCUGCUUUGGGACCAGAGUCAUUCGUGAUAUGACACUCCACAGCGCCCCCAGCUUUGGUUCCUUCCACUUAAUUCAUCUCAUGUUUGACGACUACGUUCUGUACCUGCUGGAGUCGCUGCACUCAGAGAGAGCCAAUGACCUCAUGAGGGCCAUGAAGGGCGAGGGCGGAACAGACCGAGAUGAUGAGUUCACACUGACGGAAAUAACCGCCACCUCCUCGCCGUCCCCGGGCUCCUACUCGCCAGCGCGCUCCGUCCACUCGGCCGCCGUGUCGUCGGCCUCGCCCGCAGCUGACACGUCACCCGAGUUUCCGUCUAACACGGGCGCCGUUCAGUCAUAUACGUGGUCCCUUACCUACACAGUGACAACAGCAGGAGGUUCCGCGCCCGACGGCGGCCAGCAGCUGUCCUGCAUGAGGAGCGGCAGCGGCGCCGCAGGCACGACACCACCACCGCCGCCCUCCUCCGCCCAUCGGCUGCCCGUCUACGCCCACAGAGAGGAGCAUGGAUAUAGCGGCAGCUACAACUACGGCAGUUACACCAACCAGCAUCCUCACGCCAUCCAGAGCCAGUACCCGGGCAUCGGCCACGACGCCGCUAUCCCGGCACCGCUCCACUACUCCGCCUACCACCGCUCGUCUGCACAGUACCAGUUCAACGGUCAGAUGUCCCGCAUGGAUCCCUGUUUGAUGAGCACCACACCCCGACUGCACCCUGCGCCCGUCACCCCCCGCUGGCCAGAUAUGUCCUCGGUCAAUGGCUGCUACGGAAGCCCCCCUAUGCAUUCAUCACGCUACGCCGCUUCGGGGGACGUUUACUCGCCUCUCGUCCCGCGCAGGAACUCCGAGUACGAGCACUCCCAGCAUUUCCCCGGCUUCGCCUACAUCAACGGCGAGGCCGCCGCCACCGGCUGGGCCAAGUAGCCAUUUUGUGAACGCUUUGAACUGUAAACGACAUCCAUCGCUCGUUCAACACGGGAGGACAAAAUAUCAAUCGUGUGUGGGCCUGGCGCAGCGCCUUUUCUACAAUUCCUGCUUUUUGUCCGUCCAUUGGUAGAAGCCUGUGAGAUCAUUUACGGUGUUUUGAAAAGUAUUUGCCCCCUUCCUGGUUUUGAACAUUUAGUGCAUUUUUUUCCCUAUUAAAGGGGAAAUCCAGUGGUUUGCAUGAACAAUGUAUCCAAUAGGUCAUGUCAUAUGUACUCUAUUUUGACAAUGUGAUGUUAAAUCCUCUCUCAUUCAAUAGUAUUUUGAGAAGACCUUUAUCAACAAUUUUCAGGGGCACUGCCAUUUUCGUGAGUCACA